CACAGCAAGCGCUCGACAGGAGAGCAUCUCCCUCACGGAGUCGGCUCUCGGUUAAUGCACGAUGGUAGGGAAGAGCGGCCCGCCUUCCCCGAUGGCUGAGUGAGUGAGGAUGCGACUCCCCAGCUCCAUAUUUGUUUCGGUGUCUCUGUUCACGGCUGAGACCACGGCAGCCCUCUACCUCAGCUCCACAUACCGCUCCGACGGCGACCAGAUCUGGCAAGGGCUCACCCUCCUCUUCACCCUAGUAACGUCGGUGCUCGUGCAGCUGACGCUCACCUUCAUUCACCGGGACCUUAGCAGGGACCGACCGCUUGUUCUGCUGCUUCACAUCCUGCAGCUCGGACCCAUCGUGAGGUGUCUGGAGGCGUUCUGUAUCUACGGCAGUGUGGGCCGGGUAGAGGAGCCGUAUGUCAGCAUCACACGGAAGCGCCAGAUGCCCAGGGGGGGCCAGUCUGAGGAGGUGGAGAGACAGGUGGGGCAGGCAGAGGGCAAGCUGUUCACCCACCGUGCCGCCUUUGCCCGCACCUCUGUCAUCCAGGCCUUCCUGGGCUCCGCCCCCCAGCUCACCCUGCAGCUCUACAUUUGUGUCCUGCAACAGGGGGUGUCCAUCGGCAGAGGCACCCUCAUGGUGAUCUCCCUGCUGUCCAUCGUAUAUGGUGCCCUGCGCUGCAACAUUCUGGCCAUCAAGAUCAAGUACGACGACUAUGAGGUGGACGUGCGUCCCGCCGCCUACCUCUGCAUAUUCCUGUGGCGCAGCUUCGAGAUCGCCACGCGCGUCACCGUCCUGGUCCUCUUCAGCUCCGUACUGCAGCUCUGGAUCCUCCCUGUGGUUCUGCUCAACUUCUUCCUCUUCUUCCUCUACCCGUGGGUGCUGUUUUGGCAGAGCCACUCGCCCUUCCCAGAGAACAUCGAGAAGACGCUAACCCGGGUGGGCACCACCAUCGUCCUCUGUCUCCUCACGUUCCUCUACGCAGGCAUCAACAUGUUCUGCUGGUCGGCGGUGCAGCUGAAGCUCAACGACCCAGACCUGAUCAACAAGUCCCAGAACUGGUACCGCAUGGCCGUGUACUACAUGCUGAGGUUCGUGGAGAACGCCUCUCUGCUUUUGCUGUGGUACAUCUACAAGACAGACUUCUAUAGGUUCAUCUGUGCUCCGUUGUUAGUGCUGCAGCUGCUGGUGGCCUACGCUAUGGCCAUCUUCUUCAUGCUGGUGUUCUAUCAGUUCUGCCACCCCUGUAGGAAGCUCUUCUCCUCCAAUAUGACCCAAGGCCUGUGGGACUGCUCCGCCCUGCUCUGUUUAGUCUGCUACGCUCCUGACAGGGACGCCGUCAGGCCAAUAGAGAAGGCUGGUCUGGACCCUCUGGCCCCCGACCCCACCCCCCACACGGAGACAGCCAAUGACACGUCAUAUGAUGUGGCCAAUGACACUGCAUACACCAUGCCCAAUGAUACAAUGACCUAUGACAUGCCCAAUGACACGACUCAUGAAGUGUUGAGCGAGAUGAACGGCGACGUAAGCCACAGUCUGUCCAGCAACACUUAAAGAGCUGUGAUUGGUUGUGUGUAGGGUAGGGCUGCACGAUAUGGGCAAAAACUCCAAUUGUGAUUUUUGGACCAAAUAUUGUGAUUGUGAUUUGACUUGCGAUAUAGAUACAAAACCUUUGGCUGAACUGUUGGAAUCGUUGAAAUAGAAUGACUUAUAUUAAGAAACAAAGUGGAAAGUAGCGUUGGCCUUGUUUGGAACUGUUGACUGCAUUUGACCUAACAGAACAGCAUGCAAAUGUAUAGUGGGAAGCAGUCGCAAUAGUAGAGGGAGAGAGAUGACAAACAGAGGCAACUAUAAAAACGGACAAUACACACAGCUUAGUGCCGUUUCAAAAUAUUGCAUGCGAUAUGGAUCUCUUGCGAUAAGGCUUUUGCAAAUGUCAAUAUUGUGAUUUGAUGUGAAUUCUAUUAAUUCUGCAGCCCUAGUAUAGGGUCAGGAGUGUUCCUAAACUUGUGACUGAACCAGGAAGAGGCUUUCCUGUUCAGGUCAUGUGGUCUGGAAAUACUCCUGGUCCUAGUUAUGUGCCAUUCAGAGGAAGGUGGACACAGAGCAACAUUUGCUGUACUGUCUCCUUCUGUAAGUGCCAUAUGAACCCCUCUGUCCUACCUGUCAGUUUACACUGAACUAGGGUUGCAAAAUUCUGGGAACUUUUCAAAAAUUCCCUGGUUUUCCAGGAAUUCUGGUUGGAGGAUUCCCCUAUUUCCGGUUUAUUUCCUCGUAAUUCCAGGAAUCUUCCAACCAGGAUUU